AUGAUGGACACCUACACGGCCACGAUCGGCGUUGACUUCAAGGUCAAGACUCUCCACAUAGACGGCCAGGCCAUUCGCCUGCAGAUCUGGGACACAGCCGGGCAGGAGCGAUUCCGCACGGUGUGCCGAAGCUACUAUCGUGGAGCCCAGGGCAUUGUUCUCGUGUAUGACGUGACCGACCUGCAGUCCUUCCAGAAUGUCACUGCCGCUUGGGCAUCGGAGAUCACAAGCAACGCUCCACCUGACAUAGUCAAGCUUCUCGUCGGCACUAAGUCCGAUCUCACGACGUAUAGGGUAGUGUCCAAAGAGAGCGGCCAAGACUUGGCCAAGUCGAUCAAUGCACUCUUUAUCGAAGCAUCGGCACUCGACGGUACCAAUGUCGCCGAGGCCUUCGAGACGAUUGCCAAACAGAUCUCGAAACAGCACGCUGCCGCAGGAGCCAAGCCCAAGGAGGCGGACAACGUGAAGAAGAUCAACUUGGGCGAGGCAUCGCCGCGAGGAGCAGCUGCCGGCGCUGGCCAGAAGAAGGGCUUCGCCAGGUUUUGCCUCGUGUAA